UAACAGUUAUUGCACUGGGGCUGCUGGAAUUGAGGCUGCUGAGGCAGCAGCGGACUUAAUGAAGUCUAAUAUUGCUCGUAAAGCAACUUCUGAAGAUACACCAGCCCCAGCUGAAGAGAAAAAGCUAGCUACUUGGGGAAGUGAAGUACCUGAUGAUCUCAUCCUCGACCAGAAGAAACUUAAUGAAGCUCUCAAGAAGGAGGAUGAAAGAAGGAAGGAGGAGAGGGAUGAAAGAAAGCGUAAAUACAAUGUGAGAUGGAAUGAUGAGGUAACUGCGGAGGACAUGGAGGCAUAUAGGAUGAAGAAGGUACGUCAUGAUGAUCCCAUGAAGGAUUUUCUUAACUAACUUGCCUACUUGUAUUGUAAAUGUUUAGUUUUAGUUCCAAUGAUCAUCAAGGGAACCUCUCAUCUGAGCUUUCAAAACAUAAAGUUGUGAUUGUGAAGAUUUGAGGUUGUCCAACGUAUAAUGG